UAUUUAAACCUACGUAGAGUCGAUUUUCGUUUUGAGCUGCGAAGUGAUAGUCACCAAAGUAUUCGUAGCUAGUUAACUCAUAAAGUUAUAGUACUUGGCCAUGAUCUCUGAGCUGCCAAUUUACUUGUUAACCAUAGCUCUACGGUUCAAGUUUAUGUGAGCUGAACUUUUGAACCGGUUCAGAACUGAUUUAAACAUGGCUAGGCACUAGGCAGCCAUCUUUGUCUUGUUGUUUUUGUUCAAAAGUUCUUUUCUGAAUUAUUAAACUCGAAUUUAAGUAUUGUACUGUUCUAAUAUAACAGUUCUAAAAUAUAGAAAUAAAUAGGAGAUUAGAUACCUGAUUAAUCAGUUUUGAAGUGUUAUUCGAUAGAAUUAGUUAUAAAAACCUCAACAUGCCAAAACGUGGUGGAGGACGUAUAAAAAAUUGGAAAACUGAUAAUGAUCAUUUUGAACACGAUGAUCGAACACAUAACCCAAGACGCGUGAGCUUCAAACCAGGUACAAAUAAAGGCAAGAACAAAUUUAAUAACUGGAACAAAAAUGCCAAGUUAUUACUUGAUGACGACGUUGAUAUGGGCAUGUCCGGAGGACAAGGACCUAGGAAACCAUUUAGAGGUCGCGGAGGGCGACUCGGUUCUCCGGCGCCUAGACCUAGACAUGCUGGCAAGAAGUUUACUCCUGGCAUGCUACCCUGGUAUCAGAUAGUUAUUCCUUAUGGAGCAAAACAUGAGAAAGAUGUCAUAUUACGAGCGCUUCUUAAUUUCACAUCGCCAGAUAUUUUCAUUCCACAUUAUUAUAGAAUUAAUGGCAAUGCUGCCAUCUUCUAUGUGGAUGAUGUUAAGUCAGCCGAGAAUUUGUUUAAUGCGGAUAAAAAGAUUGUAAUGCCAGAUGGUUUUAAAAUGGUUGUGAUAGUGAAGAAUGCUGUCCCAAAUGUUAAUGUGGAUGCCAAUAUGAAAGAAAAAAUGAAGUUAGUUAUGGCUAAAAGAUACAAUCCAGCUACGAAAGCAUUGGACAUGACAAAAUUUCAUUCUGAUUCUGAUUUAUCAGAAAUCUUCUGUGGCCUUUUUCGGCCAGUCAUCAUGCUAACGGCAAUAGAUAUCAUAGCAGAAAACAUACCAGACAUUGAAGCCUUGAAUCUCAAUGAUAACAAAUUACAUGGACUGGACCAUCUCAAAGUUAUGGCUACAAAAUUGAAAAACUUGAAGAUUUUAUAUUUAGGCGAUAACAGGAUACCUGUUGUUGGGUCACUGGAGUCGUUAAGAAACUUACCCCUCGUGGAGUUGAUGCUCAAAGGCAACCCGUUGCGGAACAGGUUUAAUGAUCAUGAUGAUUACGUCAGCACUGUGCGGAAGAAGUUCCCUAAGCUUGUACGACUGGAUGGUGUGGACUUGCCGCCUGCAAUUGGUUUCGACGUGGCCGAAGAUGUAGCACUGCCCGCUCAGCAACAGUCAUUCCUCAUAGAGCCAGCGGCACAGGACUUUGUGAGGCAGUUCUUAGCUCAGUACUUCGCCGUGUAUGAUUCUGAAUCUAGACAGUCAUUAAUGGACGCCUAUCAUGAAAAUGCAACAAUGUCUAUGACUACAUCUUACCUCACCCAUGAUAUAAGAAAUUCUCCGUCUACCAAAUUACAUCAGUACCUGCCAAACAGUCGGAACAUAUUAAGGAUCACUGAUAGAGAGUCAAGACGAAGAUAUCUUCGUACAGGCAAGCUACAGGUGGUUGCCUUCAUCUGUGACCUCCCGAAGACAACACAUGAUCUAAUGGGCUUCGCUGUUGAUGUACUUAUAUAUACACCAACAAUGAUAAUGGUGUCGAUGAAUGGAGUUUUCAAAGAGACAGCAAGUCAAGGCAGUCGCUCGUUUCAUCGCACUUUUAUGAUAGUACCCAACAAUGGUGGUGGUUUCUGCAUAGUUAAUGAUAUGUUAUUCAUCACCAAUACUACUAAGGAACAGGAAGAGAAAAUGUUCCAAUCCGGUGUGCCUGCGGCUGCGCCUGCACCGGUGGCUGCAACCACACCUGCCCCGGCCCCAGCGCCAGCCCCGGCUCCAGCUGCGUCCGAGGCCCUACACAGUGAACAUCACAGGAUGCUGCUCAAUGCCCUCGGCCAGCAGACCGGCAUGAACGAUUAUUGGAGUAUGAACUGCCUUCAAGAGACCGGUUGGGAUCUCCAAAAGGCAAUGUUCAUCUUCAACAAACUUCAAUCUGAGGGUAAAAUACCACAUGAAGCCUUUGUUAAGUGAACUACGUACAUGACAUCUAUUGCUGUUAUUUAGAGGAGUUGUGAGAUUCCUUCGUCCCAACUACUUAUUGUGAGCUGAUAAUAAAGUCUGAAGACAUCGAAAACGUUAAGAUUUAAAUUUAUAAUAAGAAUCAUAAUGAAAAAUUGUAAUAAUUGGAAAUGUUAAAAGCAACAUUUUAUGGCCCUCCGAAGUCCAAGAUGACUUUUUAAUACUUGAAAAUUUUUAAGGUGCUCUAAAAUGUUGCAUAUAAACAUUUCUUAUAUUAAAUAGCAGAUUUAGUCUGCAGUAUUUUAAAAAAUCUAAAACAAUUGUUUUAGAUCCAUAUUGAAUUACUCAGUUAAAGAAUUUUUAGUCAAAAAAACAGUUGAGAAAAUUAGAAUGCAACAUUUUAUUACUUUUCUUAUUCUCUAUAAGAUAUUUCAACAAUUGUAAGUUUUAAAAAUGUUGCAUUUUAAUAAUUUUUUUUAUUAUUAUUUAGUAUCUGAUUAAAUGUUAACUGUUACAAACUUUU